UCUUGUUUGUAAAUUUUGGUUAAAAUCGUAUAACUCGUAAAUCCCGUGUCGAACAAAACGCUAAGCAGUCGUGUUAAAGCAUCAUCGGCAGCCGGUGCUACCCUAACAUUACAGAUGUCCUACUUUGGCGUCUACAUUCCGCCGUCCAAGGCUGGCUUUGAGGGCACCGCGUCACAGUGUGCGGGCUCCAUAGCGGCGGUGAAUAUCAAGCCAGGCCCAGAGUCGUCGUCGGCCACCAGCAACAGCACGACAGUCACAGCGACAGCAGCAUCGUCAAGAGCAUCAGAUAAUCUCAACGUGGACAACUAUGAGGAUCCCGAAUAUCCACCCGACUCGCCCCUGUGGCUGAUCUUUACCGAAAAAGCCAGGGCGUUGGAAGUGCUGCGACACUACAAGGAUGCCCGCCUGCGUGAGUUCCCCAAUCGCGAGCAGGCAGAAAGUUACGUGCAGUUUGGAUUCGAGAGCAUCGAGUCGUUGAACCGAUUUGGCUGGGCCAAGCCAAGCGGCAGCGGCAGCGGCAGCAGCAGCAGCAGCAGCAGCAGCUGUAUCAGUAGCCUGGCCGCCUCCAUGUCGAAUCUGCUGAUUGUGAAUCCUCCAAUAUCGACGCUACCCAGCAUUUCCAUCAACAUAAGCAGCAACAAAAGUGCCACCAGUGUGCCGAUCAACGACAGUGCCAGCGGAAGCAGCACUACCACAAACAGCGGCAGCAGCACUGGCACUGGGACUGCGACUGGGACUGCGACUGGGACUGCGACUGGGGCCAAGCACGAGACAGCAGGAGCUAGCAGUUCCAGCAGUGAGCGUCCACCAUUCCGGGCACCCACCAAGCAGGAGCUUGUCGAGUUCCGCAAACAAAUCGAGGCUGGGAACAUCGAGCGGCUGCAGCGAAUUGUCUGGGAGAACCCCCGCUUUCUCAUCAGCAACGGGGACACCCCCACCAGCCUGAAGGAGGGCUGUCGCUACAAUGCCAUGCACAUUUGCGCGCAGUUCAAUCAGGCGCGUGCAGCCGAAGCGAUCCUGAAGAUCCUCACCAAUCGCGAGUUCACACUUCAAUAUGUCGGCAAGAAGGCCAGCGGGCAGAUGUGCGCCACGCUAAACGACAACCUGCUCGACUACUAUUUGAAUAUGCCCGACAAGGCGCGCGGUGAAACGCCCUUACAUUUUGCGGUGAAGAAUGGCCACGUGGCCGUCGCUGAGGUCCUCCUUUCGUAUCCACAAUGCAAGUCGCUAAUCAACUUGGAGGGCAAAGAGCCGAAAGAAAUCAUUUGUCUGCGCUCACCGCACGCCCCGCCCGCGGUUGUCAACAAGCUGGAGCUGCUAUUGGGAGACCCACACUAUGUGCCCGUGCUGAGGUCCGUCGCAAAUGAGGUGCCGCCACAGGUGGGCCAGCCCUUUACGCCUAGCGAACCGCCGAACUUGAAGCAAAAAACAAGGGAAUGCGAGGGCCUCACCAUGGACCUGACCAUCAGCGCUUUGGCGGGACCCAUGCCCCGCGAAAAGGCCAUGCAUUUCUAUCGUCGCUGGAAGACGCCGCCUCGCAUUGCCUGCAAUAAUUUAAGUCCAUUGGCCUUCUCGCCGUUUGCGUCGCCGCUGAAGGUGACGCCUAACAAGUCCAUCUUCAAUCGCAGCCCGAAUGGCAAUGGGGGAGCAGAUUUGUGUGUGGCAUCGACACCCGUGGGUCGGCGUGCGCUCUUCAGCCCGAAGGCAGGGGCCAGCUGCUCGCCGAAGCCUUUGUUCCUGAACGGCAAAGAUUGCGAGAACAACAAUAACUACAACAGCGAGCCGAUGGGGCCACCGAUGGAGAUACCAGUGACACCGAUGCGUCUGAACAGACCGGAUCUAUUUUUGGCCUAUCGCGGGGACGUCCAGUCCUCGCCCUGUAAUAGCACAUGGCUCGGCGACGAAAGCAUCGGUAUAGAUGUGAGCUCGCAGUCAUACAUGAACGAUAGCUUGCGUGAGCGUCACAUCAAGAACUCGGACAUCGAGAAGGGUCUAGAGAUGGUGGGCAGACAGCUGGCACGCCUGGAGAAUCUCGAGUGGCGCGAGUACUGGGACUUUCUCGACUCGUUCGUUGACAUCUCCAGCGAGAGUGGCCUGCAGCAACUGGAGGGCUAUCUGCAGCAGAAGGCGGAGCAGGCCCAGGCCGAGAGGUCCGAUCCAAUGUAUUUUGAGGCACAGAUUGACGAGUAUUUGGAUAUGGUAAUCGCGGAUCAUCAUCAGAAUCAGCAAAGGCAUGGCAAGGGCCAGGCUGUGGCGGCAUCCGCUGCUGGUUCUGGUUCUGGCUCUGGCUCUGGUCCCAGCCCCACCACCCAGGUGAUGACGCCAUACACAUGCGUGGAGAACUCUCUGCAGGUGUUCGCCAAGCGCAUCACCAAGACCCUCAUGAACAACAUCGGCAACAUGGUGUCGAUCAACGACACCCUGCUCUGUGAGCUUAAAAGACUGAAAUCGCUGAUCGUCAGCUUCAAGGAUGACGCCCGAUUCAUCAGCGUUAACUUCACCAAGGUCCACUCCCGCAUUGCCCAUCUGGUGGCCAGCUAUGUGGCCAAUUCGCAGGAGGUCAAUGUAGCCAUUCUCAUUCAGCUUCUCCAGAUGCUGCGCCGUCUCCUCCAGCUGCACGACGACCGUCGUGAUCAUUUGGGCUGCGUCUGUGGCAGCCUGGUGCUGAUGCUCGAACAGGCUCCGGUCCAUGCCGCCCAGCUGCCCGAUGCCCUCAAGACCGAGAGUCUUUGUUCGGCCGCCUGGAAUACGGAGCAAUCGUGCCCCUGUAUUUGGGAUGCGAAUCUCAGUCGAAAGACCAGUCGACGAAAGCGCACGGAAUCGAUGAAGCGUGCAGCACAGGCCUCCCAGGCCUCCCAGGCCUGCCAGGCCCAGGACUCCCCAGCACCGGGUUCUCCAACAGCCACAGCCACAGCGGCCAUCGUUUUACGUUCCAAAGUCGAGGAAUGGCCCUGGCAAUUUCGUUCACGCCGCAGCCGCCCAAACAGCGACAACGACGACGAUGAGGACAACAUUGGGGAGGCUUUCUUUUACGAUUGCAGCAAUGUGCAGCAGCAGGACAGCAGUAGUGAUGACGAGGAGCUGUUUUGCACUCCGCCGGAGAGCAUGUCACCGCGUACAUCCAUCUCUCCGGAGCCUACAAGCCUACACUACAAACUCUUUAUCUUUGGUAACGAGCCAACCAAGCGUGAUUUGGAUAUCCUCAAUGCCAUUUUCCAUGUGGAUGUGGAGAAGGAGACACUGCCGCACGUGCACGCCUGGAAGACGGCCAUGGAGAGCUACUCCGCAGUUGAAAUGGAUCUUUUCCCAUCGCCAACAAAUAUUCAGAAGACGCACAAGCCCAUCCUGUGGACCGGCCCCGGCCCCUCCAAGACUUCGGAGGGCAGCGGCACCAUUAGCACCAAACACAACCAAAGCUCGAUUCAUCCCAAACGCCUGUUUUCUACACCCAAACUCAAUGCGGUGUCAUCGUUCGGACGUCGUGGGUCUGGCCCAGGAGCGGCACCAUCGACGCCGCCAAAGCCAGCGCGUUUACCACGGUCCCCCGGCCAGUCGAAUGGCAUAGAUGUUAGCGUACCGAAGGAUGUGCCAGUAAGCACGCCAGUCGAGAUAACCGCAUCAGCAGUGUCCCCAAUGCCGGCUUUUGCAGCGGCCGCAGCGGCAACCGUCUCGCAGUCAUUCCAAACGCCACUCAACAAGAUGCGCGGUCUGUUCAGCAAGUACCGCGAGAGUAGGACCACCAUUGAUGAUUCGCCGAUCGUCAAUAUCAAUGGGCAGCAGCCACGCAGAUCAUCGCUGACCCUGGGGAACAGCAGUGAUUAGGAGAUGUCACACAGCCCCCAGACAACACCAUACCACGGCACACCACACACCACACACCACACCACACCACACUGUCCACAGUUCUUUUUGGUUUUUUUUGUGUUAUGUUGCAGACGUUCGUCCGUUGACGUCCAGUCCCAAGUUCAUAUAUUCAUAUAUUAAAUUGUCGAUUUAAAAGAGAGUUUGUGUUCAAGUGUAAGCUAUGUUGAAUUAAUUAUGGUAUAUAUAUAUACCUUUUAUAUACCCGUCUAUGAAACGUCUAUGAUGAAACAAAGCACGAAGCAGAAUGAAAUGAAGUGGCAUGUGAAAGAAACUAGAUUUAUAUUAACUUUUUUUGUUAAAAUUACUGUAAAGAACAUAAGCAUAAUUUAAUUAUAAACAACAUAAUCAACAGUA